CUAGUAAAAGGCUCCGGUUUCUCAGAUCAGCCUCCAGUGGUGAUGAGGAACCCGGAGUUGAACAGCUCGCUAACGGAAGUCAGGCUCUGAGCUAUCUAAGCUUCUCCGCGUCUGUCUGCAAGCACGUAAACACCGACACGGUUCCUCGGCUCUUCGGCUCCUCGGCGCUUUUCCCACUCGGUCGCGGGCUCAGGACGCGCAGUCUUCAGCGAUUUCCUUUAGAUGUCUGGAUACGCUUUUCUUGGCGAUUUGAUUUGAUUUUGGCAGCACCAAAGUGGAAGUGCAUGAGGACACAAUGAGGAGCUGUGGGUCCGGCUGCAGGAGGAUGGACAUUACUGUAACCCUGCUGCUGGUGACGCUUGUAGGCUGGACAGUAGGCUCAUCUCUGUAUGUCGCGGAUGGUCGCUCACCUCGUCUGGCUCUGGAGAAGAGUUUAAGCUGGCCGCCCAAAGCCAUGCAGUGCCAGGACAUGCUAAAGCGUCUCCAUAACGGAGCACGUGUUACUGUGCAGAUGCCCCCCAACUUAGAGGGCCACUGGGUCUCCACCAGCUGUGAGGUACGUCCUGGCCCGGAGUUUAUCACCCGCCUCUACCAUUUUCAACACAACCACACGUUUCAGGCCUGGCAGUUCUACUAUGCUGACAACCACUGCACUGAGCCCACCUACACGCUGGUGAUCCAGGGCCGCAUACACAUGCGUCAGGCCUCAUGGGUCAUUCGCGGUGGCACAGAGGCCGACUACCACAUCCACAAUAUUAAGGUGAUGUGCCACUCUACGAACACGGCCAAGGAGCUGAGCAGGCGAUUGGCACAGAGCUGCAAAGGAAUGAAAGGCGUCUCUUUGGAGCCGAACCUAAGUUAUGAGCUCUGCAGUGAGGACGGAAACUGCAACUGCUCUCGCGGCCUGAACUUCACCAUGCAGGAGCUGCAGCUGCUGCGCAUUGAGAAGCAAUACGUGAACCGGGACAUGGAGCAGCCCGUGGAAGAGCUCUUUCUAGGUGACAUCAAUACUGAGACGAGCCAGAGGAUGAGCCACAAGCCUUCCUGCUAUCAGCCUCCACUGCAGAACUCCAAGAGUCACGAGCAGAACUGCGUCGCGUGCCGGCUCAUCUUGCGCUCGGACGAGUUGCACCCUCCGAUCCUCCCGCCACAGCCCGAGCUCAGUGUGGACCUGCGUGGCCAGUGGGUUUCUCAGCGGUGUGAAAUUCGGCCGGACGGGCUCUUCCUCACAAGGCAUUUCAUCUUUUAUGACAACAACAGCACAUGGGAGGGACACUACUACCACUACACCGAUCCCGUCUGCAAGCACCUGUCCUUCAGCAUCUUUGCCAGGGGCAGGUACAGCCACGGUGCGCACUCUAAACGUGUCAUGGGGGCAACGGAGUUUGUGUUUAAUGUGACCCACAUGCGGGUGGUACCUAUGGACCAAGGUGCUACUUCUCUCCUGAACAUCUUUGAUGGCAAUGAAUGUGGUGCUCAAGGCUCGUGGCAAACCGGCGUGGAGCAGGACGUGACCUCGACCAAUGGCUGCAAAGCUCUGGGGAUCAGCCUCCCGCACACGGAGUACGAGCUUUUUCGCAUGGAGCAGGACACUCGCGGUCGUUCCCUGCUCUACAACGGCCAACGGCCCAGCGACGGUUCCAGUCCUAACCGGCCUGAAAAACGUGCCACCUCCUACCAGACACCCCUGGUGCAGUGCUCGGCCAACAGCCAGAAGUCGGAGGUCAACCUUGGUCACCAUGCAAAAUGGCAACACGAGUCAAAUAACAGCUGCUGCCCAGCUUACCAAAGCUACUUGAUGGAAACUGUGGUUCUUGUGGGAAUAAACAUGCUGAUCAUGCACUUCUUGGGUUGAAAGUACAACCCUGAACUGAUCUUUCUGUGCAUCUUUGUACAUAUUGACACAAGCAAGAGCGGAGAAAUGCAAGAACAUCCUUUGGCCAUCUGGAAACAAGUUUACUUGAGCAUUCUGCCCAUUUUUUCUGGUUUCUGGCCUAUUCGGGGGAGGAUUAAAUGGAGACACGAAACGUGUAAAGAGGCGAAGUGUCUGCGAAAAGAAAAAAAAACUGAAACUGCUGCACCACAGUAACUGCACUUUAAUAAAGCAAGACCGGGAACUUGUAGGUUUCUUAUAAAAAAAAAACAAACAAAAAAACAACAUUUUGAUAACACGUUGUGUUAUCAGCUUCACCUGACCCUCGAGGGUUUUCUGUUUAUAUUCUUAACCUUUACUGUAGGCAUGUAUGCUAACAAAGAGCUAUUUUUUUAAAGGAUGUUGUGUAAAUGUGCAUAUGGAAACGAUCAAAAUAAAUCAAUUCAGGGUACGUCGAAAAAGGAAUGACUGGGUACUAUAUUGUCAUUUACAGUAAAGAUCUGAUGUUUUUUAUCCGUGAAACAGGAAACUGUAAAGCUUUUACACAGUUGUUCAUGUUUAGAAGAGUGCCGGUUCUGAUUUCCUGAUGGUUGACUGGUUACGGAAUUAAGACUAUUCCAAGCAACCGUGGCUUUCGGAAGUCUGAUUAGAAACCGGCAUUCUUAACUGCAGUUUUAUCCAGAACUAGACAGGAAGCGAACAUUGCGAUAUUAAUUUCCCGCUUACAUCGGCAUGAAUUGCAUUUGCCGGAAAAAGCAAACAGAUUGAAACCACAGUAUUUGAGACAGAGGUGGUGAAGCAUUAUAACUGGUCUUUCUACAGAUUUCGCAGUUUUGUUUCGAUACAAAUGUUCUAUUGUUACUAAUGACAGCUGAUCCACUACAUGCACCUACUUACAUUACAUUACUUACAAGUGCAUUGAAAAGACAUCGUCCUAAUAACUGGAUUGUAAGAACAGAAAUUAAAUAUUUGAUUAGGUUGUAUGUAUUGUUUUUUUCUCAUUAUUUUGUUCUUUGAUUUGUGGUAGAAACAGAAUGUGCCUGUUGUUUUUCAGGUUACUUGUAGCCAUCACAGAACUCUGAAGGUCCAGGUUUUCUUUGAGUCAUGUGUAAAAUAUUGCUGUGGUAAUGAGAAAAUACAGGAUUAAAUCAUAUAUGGCUACUAGUAACUUGAAACAAUAAAACAGACACAGCUUCAGUGUUACAGAGAUUCUUAGGGCAUGUAUACUAACGAGUCCUUUACAUUUUCCAAAAGGAGACUAUGGAAGAUCUGAAAUUCUUCUGGAAACUUAAACACGAUGGUUGGACGUGAGCAUGCACGCGUGUGUUUGCGUUGACGAGGCAGACGCGAAUAGAUCAGACAGAACAAGUAAAGGGGGGAAAAAACCCACAGCUGUACAAACGGAGAUUUUUUUUUUUUCCCACUUUAUUUAUUUCUUUAAUGUUGAAUAGCAUUGGACAGGACAGGAGAGGUGUAGACUCGAACUUCAGUCAACAUUUGCCUCAAGUAGGGAUAAAUGUAUUGAGGGAAAGUGAAGAGAACAUUAAUAAUAUUAAUAAUAUGAUAGAACAGUAAUAAAAGUCUGCAUUGGUAUCGAUAGGAACAGAAAAAAAAAAAAAGACGGAAAUGUACAAAAAGGAGGCAUCUUUGUUCCCAGCCCAACUGUUGACGUUCCCGUAGAAAUGGAGAGGCAGCGAAGGGGUAGAAACGUCUGCCGUCUUUCUGAGGCAGCCGGAGGGUGAAAAGGGUCACACGGUCGUUUUUUUUUUUUUUUUUGAUUGAUGUUGCUUUUCCUUUUUCUUUUUUUUUU